GUUCUUGAUAGAAACCAAUUGAGGAAUCAACUUUUGGCUGCACCUGUGAACUCUAACACACCUGCAACUCUAUUGUUAGACACAAUUAUUUUCUUAUUACAACCUGAACUCCCAUGGGUUUGUAAAAUUGUUGGUUACUUCCUGGAAAGAAAUGCAUAUGCGUUGAUUAGGGAUAUCACUUUGACAGGGAAGGAAAGUGCAGAUUCACAUUCCAAGAGUUCAUUGGCUUCUCUAGAACAUCUGCUGUCUCUUUUGAGUUCUCAUGUUGGUAAGAAGCCAUGUUGUUGCCCACGUGUUGAUCCCAAUUGGAGUUUCUCCUCUCAAAUUCUUACUCUUCCUUUACUGUGGCGGACAUUCACAUUUCACACCUCUCUCUACCCAAUGGACAAAGUUGCAUGUGUCAUCCUCUACUAGGUUUGUGUACCUUGC